AUGGUAGAAUUUCUCAGCCGGCUGGUAUCUACACCAUCUAAGCGGACCUAUCUCAAGGAUCCGUUAAAUUGGGCAGACAUCGUGUCUGCACUGGGGCUUCCGCUUCGAGCGGUGACUGGCUUUGCCGUACUGGCACAUCCUCCAUCUACAGCGCUUGAGAUUGUCCUGGUGUUUUUCUUGCCCCUUGUUCGAUUGCUGAAGCUACUCCGAUAUUUCGAGUCGUUCAGGCUUCUUCUGGAUGCAUGCAAAAACUCCAUGGAGGCCGUACCGUUCUUAGCCUACAUGGCGGCAGUCAUCACCCUGUCAUCGGCGACCGUCAUCUAUUUGGUGGAACCCAGAAGCCGGAUACCAAGCAUGCCACAUUCUGUUUGGCUUGCCCUUGUAACCAUGACAACGGUCGGCUAUGGGGAUUUCUUCCCGGUGACUUUUUGGGGAUACGUUACGGUAUCUGUGCUGACGUGCGCCAGUGUGCUGUUUUUGGCUUUGCCGGUUGGGAUCAUCGGAAACGAGUUCUGGAACGUGUGGGAAAGUCGGAACGAAGUGCUGCUGGUGACGCGCGUCCGUCGUGCGCUGCACAAGUGGGGCUAUGCCGCCAAAGACGUGAAAAUACUGUUUCAAUAUGUGGAUCAGGAUGGGGACGGCACGCUGGACCUGGCUGAGUUUUUGGAGCUUGUGCGGCAGAUGCGUAUUGGCAUAAGUGCAGAAAAUGCGUUCAAGAUUUUCACGAUCUUCGACGAUGACAGCAGCGGGACGAUUGAUUGUGCCGAAUUUUUACGUCACAUUUUCCCUGAGGAGUAUGUCGAAAAGCAGCAGGAGCAGUCCCAAUCCCUGCGAAAGUCCCAAGCCCAUGUCAGUCUCGCACUCCACCAGUUGGAGACCAUGCACGCUGAGAAGUCUUGA